GAGUUGCUGGGUAUCUCUUUCGAAGAAACUAAAUGUCAAACCUUGAUGAUAACCUGGUCAUCUUGAUCAAGCGGCGUAUUUGGCUCUGAUCCUGAUUGAGCGUGUGUCAAUACACGAUAAAAGAUAUUAUGUAGCCAGUGUUAACUGUUACACGUUGUUGGAAAUAUUUGUAUCAAUUUGGAUUGGGGAACGUCACAGUGUUGCAUACCGAUGGUAAGAUGCCUCAAAAUUCUUAUACUAUAGUAUUUGGUAUUCAUUCCUCAUUAUCUCAAUAUUCCUUGUUUGAAAACGCAUGAACGGCAGUUGCAGAGACUUGAAGCUGAAGUGAACUGCUCCGUUGUCAUUUUGAUUUAUUCGUAAGGCAUUCCAUCGCAGCGUUUUGCACACGCGAUUUUCCUUUCCAUUUUCAGUUUAAAGUAUUUUUUUAUUUGCAGCCAUCCAUUAUUUUCAGUAUGAUACAGUUAUAGGCGCAUGGGCCAACACUCCUAACGAAAUUGCACGCACAGCACAAGCAACAGCAGUUCUACUUUGAUCAGCAUCUUGAUUGUACUGCCAUGUAGAACUACUAACAGCUCAGCAGCUGCCAGGGUCAGUAUGUGGGCAACAGCAAUAUUGUGGUCCAGGCAGUGUUGGCAAUUCCAAAAGUACCUACCGUACUUAUGCAUGAUGGCAGUCUAUUAUGCACGGCUGUGAAGUGUUGUUAUCAGCAUCAGAAACACCUCUAUUGCCGCCAAUAAACCAUUUAGGGACUGCCAAGUUAUAAAUAAUAACUUAUUGACCUUUUCACACUUGGAUAUUCUGUAAUUGAUAGGGCAUGGUAGUACUGCUUAUUUGCUAGCCAUAUAGGGGGGCUUGUCGCCACAGCAUAUUUUGUUCUUAUGAGGGGAAAAAGAAUACACAGUUGAUUGGUCCAGAUGCAAGCAGUGGCUUGACCAUGUAAAUGUCAGCAAAGUUAAGAAAGUUUAGAUUCCAAUUCCCUGUUACAUACUGUGUCUUCGCUCAGUGUUAUGUGAAUAGGGAAUCUGUUGCAUAGCUCAAGUCUGAAGUCAAGUCUCAAGGUUUUUUGUGCCAAUGCCAGACCUCCCCUCUAAAGCACGCCCCAGCUUUUGGUUGGGUUUCCACAUGUUUGGACGUGGUUCCUGAUUGGUCCAUGAAAGAGGUGUUGGACUUGUUUGUGUAAGUCCCAUUGGCCUGUUAGCGGGAACAUGAGUUGGCAGAGUUUUGAAGAAUUGUAAAACCAGCCGGUUAGGGUGAUAAAAAACCUUAAUCAUAAAUGGCCUGACAUAAAUGUCCAAAAAAGGUCCUUGGAUUGGAAACAUAGCAGACAUUCAACCGUCUAGACGCCUGAACUGCGAUUUUAGAUCACUAAUGCCAUGCAGCACCUGAGACACUGCCAAGGGCUUGCUCGAGUUGGCCUACUCGGGACACAAAGGGCCCAGCUCUUGAAGGAUGUAGCACCCGCAGUGGCAGCAUGUGCGGGUCCCUUGGCUGGACGCUGGCAGAGGCGUGGCAACUCCUCCAAUGACCAGUCAGGGCAGGCUCACAGCGGCUUCAACCCCAGGUGGCCACACCUGCUAGCAGGACUGGUGGCUGGGACAGGGGCCGUCUUGGCAUAUGGCCUCCGCAACAGUCAGUCUGGGCAGGAGCGGAUAGCCAUCGAGCCGGCCUCCCAGUCCUCCAUCGAGCCGGUCUCCCAGUCCUCCUUGCCCGUCUACACCCAGGAGGAGGUUUCCAGGCACAAGAACCUGGACGACGGCGUGUGGGUGACCUACAAGGGGGGCGUCUACGACAUCACAGAGUUCAUCAACAUGCACCCGGGCGGCGAUAAGAUCCUCCUGGCCGCAGGGGGCGCUCUGGAGCCCUUCUGGGCACUCUAUGCCGUGCACAGCCAAGAGCACGUGCUGGAAAUACUGGCCGAGUACAAGGUGGGCGAGCUGAACCCGGAGGACCGGAAGCGUCAGCAGAAGGUGUCGGACGCGUCGGACCCCUACUCCACGGACCCCGAGAGGCACCCGGCACUGCGCAUCAACAGCGCGAAGCCCUUCAACGCCGAGCCGCCGCCGCAGCUGCUCACCGACUCUUACAUCACGCCCAACGCCCUCUUCUUCAAGCGCAACCACCUGCCCGUGCCACAGGUGGACCCCAAGACCUACAAGCUGGAGAUCGAGGGCCUGCCCAAAGGCUCUGUGUCGCUGUCACUACACGACCUGAAGACGCGCUUCCCCAAGCACACGGUCACAGCCACGCUGCAGUGUGCCGGAAACCGCCGCUCAGAGAUGAACAGCGUCAAGCAGGUGAAGGGCCUGAACUGGGGCAUCGCGGCCAUCAGCAACGCCACCUGGUCGGGGGCGCGUCUACGGGACGUGCUGCUCGCGGCGGGCUACACCCCCGAGGUGGCCGCCAAGGCGCGCCACGUGCAGUUCGAGGGGCUGGACCGCGACGUGACCGGCACCACCUACGGGGCCUCCAUACCGCUGGUCAAGGCUGUGAGCGAGUUCGGCGACGUGCUGCUGGCGUACGAGAUGAACGGAGAAGACCUCCCUCCGGAUCACGGCUACCCCGUGCGCGCGGUCGUCCCGGGAACGGUGGGAGCGCGCAACGUCAAGUGGCUGGGCAAGAUCGUGGUGAGCGAGGAGGAGAGCAAGAGUCACUGGCAGCAGAACGACUACAAAGGCUUCUCCCCCAGCACCGACUGGGACACGGUCGACUUCAAGUCGGCGCCCGCCAUCCAGGAGCUGCCCAUCCAGUCGGCCAUCACCACGCCGGCCGAGGGCACCUCCGUGGACCGCAGCAUGGAGGAAGUCACGGUGAAGGGCUACGCGUGGAGCGGCGGCGGCCGCGAGGUGGUCAGGGUGGACGUGACGGUGGACGGGGGCAAGACGUGGCACAUCGCCCAGCUCCAGGACAGCGAGAAGGGGCAAGAGGGCACGGCGCAGACCCCCCCUCCCCCCACGGGUCAGGCCUGGGCCUGGAAGCUGUUCGAGGCCACCGUGCCUCUGCCUCCCGAGCACCAGGAGCUGGAGAUCAUGUGCAAGGCCGUGGACAACAGCUACAACACCCAGCCGGACACUGUGGCUCCCAUCUGGAACCUGCGAGGGGUGCUCAGCAACGCCUGGCACCGAGUCACAGUGAAGAUAAACGAGGACAGCGAGGAGUAGUUCGUUUUCAAAUAAAAGGAAGAGGUCCCGAGGCAACUUCGCUAGUUAUUCGUCUCGUUUAUUUGUACGACACGCACCAAGUCUUGUGCUUGAGUUGACAUGCAGCAUCGGUGUGUGCGGCUAAAAUAAAAAGUGGCAGAGUUGCCUCAGGACCUUCCUUUUAUUUGAUAUUUAAGCUGCCCCUUUCCCUUGAAGAGCACCUGCACUACAAGACCCAAUGCAUCGCUCUGACAUAUUGCUCUUAAAAAGUCAGGACUAGUAGUAGACGUUGAAGUUGGCGGGAAAUACCAUUGCUAGACUGACUAUUAGGUGUGAGAGGGUUGGGUAGGACUAAAGCCAGAGUCCAUCAGAGGUAGUAGAGACCCUACAGCUCUGUGGUGGCUUAUGCAGUGUAGGAGGGUGGAGUUUAUCUGGGAUGACUUGAGCAUAGCGCACAAAUGACCAGUCUGCUGACAGAGCUAAGUGAAGCGGAGGUGAUUCUAAUCACUGCGGCCAGCUGAGGGGUAUUCCAAGGCUCAGAUUAAGUGAUCCUUGAGGUAGUGGUAAAUCUUCUAAUAGAAGAACCUGAGGUCCUGUUUUCUUAAAGGCACACUGUGUGAGAUUUGUAGUUGUUUAUUUCCAGAAUCCAUGCUACCCAUUCACUAAUGUUACCUUUGUCAUGAAUACAUACUACCACCAUCAAAUUCCAAGUAUUAAUUAUGACUGGGAAAUUUGAACUUUUCAUACAUGAAAAGAGGGAUCUUCUCCAUGGUCCGCCAUUUUGAAUUUCCAGAAAUAGACAUUUUUAGCUGCAAAAAUGACUGUACUUUGGCCAUACUAGAAAAUAUUAGGUUAUUACUUAGUAACCCCGUUUCAAUGAGCAGCAUAGUUGCAGUACAUUUUUGACCAUUUCCUGCACAGUGUACCUUUAACCAAAUGCCACCUCUAUUUGCAGGUUCACCACUUUGUGUAUGUUAGCCAGAUUUAUCAUGCCAUAUUCUUGGAAUACCCUUCCAGGAAGCUUUUUUUCCCUAGGAGAGCAACAUCACAGAUGGCCAAACUCGGCUUCUGAUUGGUCGAGCUUCAAGAUAACUUGCUAAUUGGAACUGGCUCUAUGCCCUGUGACAGGUUAGGUUUAGGAAUGGUUUUGGUCUGGGCACAAUUUCACAACCAAUUCACCAUUAUGCCUAUUUCUCUGCUCUUGGCAAAGCAGUAAAGCAGCUGACACAUUGCUUUACUGACAGGUUAGGUUUAGGGGUGGUUUUGGAUAGGGCACAGCAGAGCAUUUUCUCGUUUGAAGCUCGACCAAUCAGAAGUCGGGUUUGGCCAUCUGUGGCGUCGCUCUCCUAGGAAAAAAUAUAUGGCCUCCUGGAAGGGCUGGAUCGCUUUAAAAAAAGUAUUACGGUACUUCCUGUGUACCACAUACACAUGUACGAUGAUUCCACAGCGAGUGACAAACACAUGGACUGUUAUCAUUAUUUUGUCAAAUGCUUAUCAACCAUAGACUGUAUAGUCUGUUAUCAACAUAAACCAAAACUUUCAUUUUUUAAAUACAAUAAAUAUGAAUAUAUGUCUAUAUAUAAAAUAUCCGCAAUCCUUAAAUGCUUCUGGAGCUGUAAACAUACAAUACAUCUCUUCACAGUUUAUGAAGGUUAAUCUAUGUACACUCAGAGUCAUUAUUUAAAUGGAAGUAAAUAAAGUCCAAAUUUCUCAGGUCUGUUUGUGGAAAUAUUAACAUGUUUGGGAGAUAGAAAAACACAUUACUAGAGUACUCAUUUUCAUCAAUGGAAUCCGAAAUGCAAAUAGAUAUGCAAAUGAGUAGUCCAUGCAUGUAGAAAACAGAAUGCAAUAGACUCAGAAGGCAGAUUUAUGGUGGUUUAAUAUGUAAAUGAUAUUUUAUAUACUUCCAAGUGCACGCUAUAUUUUCAGAUGAUUAUCUUUUAAAAAGUUGAAGGAGUAACUGGAAAGAAAUGAAUUUUGUGACGGUGCCUAAUCUUUUUCCUGUGGACUCCUAAAAAAAAGAUGAUUUAAAAACUUCUUCAGUUAUUAAUGUUAAAUUAUUUUUUUGCACUCUUGGUAUGUAAGUGAACAUAUUCUGAUCUUGGGAAUUAUGUCGUUUGAUAUUUGUAUACAUAAGAGAUCACUACAACUCAAUAAAGGGAGCUUUCAAUGGAAUGGUUCUUGCAACUAUGUAA